GACAAAUGCAGAUCUCUGCCUAAGAAGUGCGCGGUGAAGGAAGUGCAGGCAACACACCUGGGGAGCGAGGGGUCAGGACAGAGGAGUGAAGAAAAGGAAGCAGAGGUGACACAGACUUGGAGGUGUUGGGUGGAGACAAAGGGGUAUGACUAACCUCUACAUUCACAUACGGGUGUUAAGUUGGCUGCUUUUUGGAAAAAGGAACCACAUCUACGAGAGCUUACCAGAGAUCAAAAGUAGCUGUGCAUAACCUAGAGAAGAACAGGUGUUUCGUGUGAAAUUACCAUGUGUCACUUGGCAAGCAGCAGAAACCCGUGUGCCCACAACACACCCCAUUGACAAACGGGGCCCUCCCUCACAUGUUUGCUCAGCCUCAGGUCUAUAUGGCUCGCCACACUAAGGAAGCCGUGGCAUUAGGGAGCUGCUCAUAGCGUUAACAGAGGUGGCCUCACUAAACAAAGUCUCCCCUGAAAAAGAAGCACGUGCCCGACUGCUCGGAGCAGCAUCACGAGGGUGGGGAUGGGGCAGAAGGCCUCCCAGCAGGUGGCUCCGAAGGACAGCCAGGAGGUCCUCGCCAUGAGUGAGGUGGUCAGCGCGGCUGCAGCCCACGCAGCGCAGAAGCUGAAGGAAUACCUCGGGUUCGAGUAUCCGCUGAGCAGACUCUGCCUUGCAGCCAGCACGCUGAGUGAGGUCUUCCUUGUCCACUUCAUUGCUUUCUGCCAGGAAAGGGGGGCUGACGAGUGGCUUACCACCACCAAGAUGACCAAGCACCAGGCCUUGCUGUUCGGAGCAGACUGGAUCUGGACCUUCUGGGGACCUGAGAAGCGAAUCCGGCUUCAGGUGGCAGUGCAGACCUUGAGGAUGGCUUCUCUCCCUCUGAGGGACCCAAAGCCCUGUGAGUCAAGGGGAGAGGAGUGUUGGAAAAAAGGCAGAUUUGAGAAGCUGGAAGAGUUCUGUAACUUGGUCGGAGAGGACUGUUUGGGUCUGUUUAUCAUCUUCGGUGUGCCUGGAGAACCUAAGGCCGUUAGAGGCGUUAUCCUGGAGAGUGUCCAAAGCCGGAUGGUGGAGAGCCAUGUGCCAGGACGCAAGGCCGUGGAGCAGUUUGUGCUGGAGACGGAGGACUGUGUUUCCAUCAAAGAGCUGCUGGGAACUUGUCUGAGGAGAAGAGAUGGGCUGAGCGACAUGAGCAAAGUCUACAUUAGCAUCCUCUAAUUAGCAUGCUGCUGGGAUACACCUGUAAGAGCAGAAGGGAACCCCUACAUCGACUGAAAUGAUCCGGGUCAAAACUUGCUGCUGUCACAGUUGUGGGAAGGGAAACAAAACAAACAAAACCCUAGCUGUCUCUUGGAACAACUUAAUUUAGACUUUGCUUAUUCAAAAAUUAAAAAAUGGGGGAGAAACUGAUAAGUUACACAUAAAAUUUGAUUGGCAAAACAAAAGUUGUCUUUGUUUGAACUAGUCUUAGUUAUGAGCAUAAAAUGUUACUGCUGUUGUGGGGAGCAGCUACGGAGCAGGUGUGAGCACACACUCGGGGUGCCGGUUCUGGCUCUGGACUCGGAAACAAUGCUGCCCAUGCUGCUCCUCCGAGGCCUGCCUCCCCUCUGUGCUUGCUCCUUCCCAGCAAUUCUGCAUGUGAAGGACCUCAGAGGAUUUAGCUCCACAGAGUGACAUAAUGGGGUUUCCUCAGUCAGCUGGGAAAGAGCCCCUGUGGCCGCAUCUGCAUUCACAGUAAGGUGUGUGCUCUCAAACACAGCAGGCAUUUUUGCUUCAGAGUCUUUCAGGGGUUUAACAAGGUUAAUUAUAAGUGCUGUUAUGUGCUGCACUCUUACUGGGCCUGCUGAUUUAAGUACUGGUAUCAUGAUUUGCAUAUAAGGCUCUAAUAAGUAGGCAUUUGUUUCUUUUGUCUGUGGUGUAUGUAACUCCCAAGUCAUGAGCUGGUGACAGAGCCAAGGCUCCGCUUACGGCUUCAAGUGGAUGAGCAAUACAGAAGGUGAGUUCGAGCCUUAGGCGCUGAAAGCACUGUGGCACAGAGGUGUUCCCCUGCAUGGAAGCUGCUUGUCUGCUUGUCUGUCUCUCCUCACUCCUGCUCAUGCUCUGCGCCGUCCUUCCCCUGUUCCUUGCGUUAGCCCUGGGGAAGCGUGGGCCAUGCUGCUGAGGGGCACACCGCGGACCAAGUCACCACAUAGGCACCCUCACUGUGCGUCUCAUUGUGACAGGGCCUCCCAAAGCCGUGGUUGGCCUGUGCUUAGGAAUCUAGGGCUCUUGCAAACAUCAGGUGGCACCAGGCAGCAUCUGGGUGGCCAUUUAACGGAACAGUCCAACUGCUGUUACUAUGUCACUGGAACCUGUCUGUUCUGUAUCAUUUAGAAGGGCUUAUGGAAGGCCACUGAGUUUAUACCAGGACCUCUAGCUGUCACGGUUGUUGAGGAAGGGGAAAGCCUGCCCUCUCCAUUCCUGAGUUGCCUUUCCUCAGGUUGCACGUUUCUUCCUCUGUGAUCCCAGCCCUCCAGCCUAUUCUGGGAACCAGGCAUAGUUACCUAAUGGGUCACCAAUAGUACCCUCCUCUGUGACCUGCCUUUCCUCUCCACGACAUUGUCACCUCCUAGGGUCCCUUGGGGUUUUGUUUUGUCUCACCCCUACCCCACUGUUAGUUUUUGUCUCUCGGGAUGCAGCAUUUGAUUUUUUUCUAGAACUUGACACUUCUUGUUUUUCCAUUCAAAGGUUAAGGGUGAAGGUAGUAGGACAACUGUGGCUCGUUCCUGCACUCUGGAGGCCGAGGCAGGAGACUUCCCACAAAUUCACACCCAGCCUGGCAUAGUCUCAAAACAAAGGUGGCAACACGUAUCUGUGGUGCUGCUACUGAUUAUCUAAAGUCCGGAGUCUGCAGUGUCUCACUACUGCAGGCCCGCCGAGCCCCUCCCUCAGCCUACACAGGAUGUGCAGAGAACAGAGACUGCUAUGGCUUCAGUAGGUGGAGCCUAGAGCAAGAGCCUGCCCUGUUCUCUGUCCACAUAGCCGAGUGUGCAAAUGCACACUCACCUUGCCAGUUUAAGCAACAGCAUUCUCCAAACCUCGUUAAAAGUGCUCGCACAGCGUCCUGGGGAAAACGGGAAGAAUUUCUGUAAU